UACAAGCCAGAAGAUUGUGUUUAAUAUUCAGGCGUCGGUUUGUCUGGAUACAUUCAGAUAAAGGAAGCUAUAAAGAAAAGGAUGUGGAAAAUAUAUUGACGGAUUUGAAAGGGGGUUCUGUCGAUUUAAACUUUGAUGGUAAAAUUGCUUUGGUGAAAAUCAACAACCCAGCGAAGAGAAAUGCAAUCUCAGGUACCAUGAUGUUGGACCUACGUCGAAUUACGAUUGAGCUAUCCAAGUGGAACGAAGGUAAAGCCAUAGUUUUACGCGGUAAAGGAAACAUGUUUUGCGCCGGUUCAGAUUUGGCAGCUGUUCAAUUCCUUGUCUCGCCCAAGGAAGGUGGCAAUGUGUGUAUGUACAUGCAAAACACUUUGUAUGCGUUCCAGUGCCUACCGAUGGUUAGUUUGGCCUAUAUUGAAGGCAAAGCAAUGGGGGGAGGGGCUGAGCUUGUAACAGCGUGCGAUUUAAGACUAAUGCAUGAGUCAGCAGAAAUCCGGUUUGUUCAACGACGACUCGGGUUAAUUCCUGGGUGGGGGGGAACCACCCGGUUAAAGAGGUUAAUUGGCCGACAACGAGCGAUGCGUCUUUUAAUGUCUGGGUUGGGGGUUAGGGGCGAGGAAGCAUUGCGUAUGGGUUUAGUGGAUGGGGUGGGUUGUGAACCCCAUGUUUGGCUCGAUACAGUUGUUGGUGGGUUGGAUAGCUAUGUGAUAAAGACCAUCAAGUCAGCUGUCAAUCAAACAGACUUCAAAACUGAUCAACAAUCUUUACAAAGAGAAAUAGAACUUAUUUAUAAAGUUUGGGGUGGCCCUGCUAAUAGACAAGCUAUUGAUGCAAUAAAACCAACGAUUACUGUGGGCGGUACACCAUAUGUGUUGGAACUCAUAGAUACAGCGGGUCAAGAGGAUUAUGACAGAUUAAGACCAUUGUCCUACAACAAAGCCGACGUUUUCCUUGUUUGUUACUCUGUUGUCGUGCCUUCUUCGUUUACAAACAUCAAAGAAACUUGGAUACCAGAGUUAAAACAACACUCAACAAAGGUGCCCUAUAUUUUGGUUGGAACGCAAACCGAUCUUCGGGACGACCCAAGAGUUUUACAGGAACUCCACAAAAAGAAACAAAAACCUGUUAAUGUUGAAAGUGGGCAACGUCGCGCGGCGAAGUUGGGGGCCGCUGCUUACAAAGAAUGCUCGGCAGUUACGAUGAAUGGAAUUAAAGAUGUUUUUGACGAAGCGAUACACACUGUGUUGUACCCAGAGGAAAAAUCUAGCGAGAAAAAGAAUUGUACAAUAUCUUAAAUUGAGUUUUGAAUUAAAUCAUAAAUACGGUACGAACGUCCAUCCCCACGAGGUGCGAUAAAAAUAUUCAGGCAGGCUUAAGUUAGUUGUGUAUUUAUAAUGUGCGUUUAUUUUAUUAUUAAUUGAGUCGUUAAAGCGCAAUGUGUUUGUAAACUGUGACAUUUAAAAUAAAACAUCUAUGGUUUUGGUAA